AUGGACGAGAAUGAAUUUGAUAAUCAAAGGGAGAAUAAAGCUGUAGCUCGAGUGAUCAUAUCAUUUCUUAAGUAUGAAGAGUAUGCCCUAAAGGAAAUCUACAAUUUGAGAGUGAAAAAAUGGGCAUCGAUCUCAGAUCGUCAAAAAGACAUGGUACCAAACUAUACAAAAUAUUUAGCUAAUCUGAAAGCCGCAAUUAUAGAAAAUGGCAAGUUCUUUAGAAGUGUCGCCGAAUAUGCCCUGCAAUCAAUAAGUUUUGAGCCAGGAGAAAUCGUACAACCAAACGAUUUAGAUAUGAGUAAAACAUGCUCUUUACUUACGCAAGUUUAUAGGGAGUGGUCCGCAGAGGCCAUUUCUGAACGUAAUUGCUUAAAUUCGAGGCUUGUACCGUUUUUGAAGACCCUAUCACCCCCAAAAGCCGACAUUUUGAUACCGGGUUGCGGCACAGGACGCCUUCUCGUGGAUCUUAGCAGAAUGGGCUAUAAUUGUGAAGGUAACGAAUUUUCAUAUCACAUGCUGCUUGUAUCUCAAUACAUGUUGAAUGCAGGAUUACUCCAAAACCAAAUUAUUAUCUAUCCCUUCAUACACUGUUUCUCCCACUGGAAAAAAAUUGAAGAUCAGUUGUCUCCCAUUAAGGUGCCGGACAUAGAAGCGUGGUCUUCAAAUAAAGGUAUGGGGUCCAUGUCGAUAUGUGCUGGCUCGUUUGUUGAUUGUUAUGGUCGUAAUCAAGGCACAAAAAUCUCGUCACAUUAUACAUUUUCGCGAAGGAUGCAACUAAGUAGAGCAAAAGCUGAAAACUCCAAAGACGUUGUAGUAACAAACUUUUUUAUAGAUACGGGAUCCAACAUCUUGGAUUAUUUGGAUACUAUUGGCCACGUCUUGAAGCCAGGCGGAAUCUGGUGCAAUUUCGGCCCAUUGCUUUAUCAUUUUGAAAAUGACCAUGGGGUUGAAACUACCUACGAAGUUAACCCUUACUCUGGGUUUCAAGAUAAAAUCAAUGACUAUACACCACUGAUGGGUUUAGAGCUUUCUAGCGAUGAUAUCAUAAGCAUUGCCACAAAUCAUCUGGACUUUGAAUUAAUACGGAGAGAGUCAGGAAUACUUUGUGGGUAUGGCCGCUACGCGGGUCCAGAAAGUUGCGCCAUGCCUGGAUACAUGUGCCACUAUUGGAUCCUGAAGUCGAACCCCACCAAUGAAUCAUAA